AUGGAGAGGGGGGCUUUGCGCCCGGCAAGUGCACACACCAGAGUGAUCAAUGCGAUGGACCAAGGCACUUCAUCCGAGUCUCGAAGUGGACCCACGCGCGCUGAUUCAGGAAGCAGUGCACUGCGUCCGCAUGGCCGAUACAAUACACGGACGCAUGCGACACUAGUAGCUGCUGAUCUGUUGUCUCGCAUCGACAUGCAUGACUCUGCUAUGCAGUUUCCAGUGCGUGGGACACAGGGUGUCCUUGAUUUGCACUAUCAUCAGCGCAUCAUGAUGACAAGCAGUAUCUCACUGAUGGAAUUAUUGCAGCGCGAGUUCCUGCACUUGCAUUCUCGACAAAUGCCGGAUUUAUACAAGGUCAUUACACGCACUUACGCUCGCGGUAUACAAAUGCCGCUUGAGCAAGUACUUACUACAUUGAAUACCAUGGUGAUGACAGAUCGCUCUGCGUCGAAGGAAUGGCUCGUGGCGCCCAACGAUUCGCAGGUACGUUUGGCUCCUAUCAUCAUUGUGAUCGAUGUUCUUGAGCGCAUGCUAUGUGACACAUAUGCACUGUGUGCAUAUGCGCACGAGCGUGCGACAGAAGGCCGUGUGCGCCGUGCGUGCGUGGAAUGGCUUGGUGAAAUUGCGCGACAGCAAUUGGCUACACUCCAAUAUUGCCAUGCUCUUGGUAUACCUCGGCGUCUCUACCACGAUGAAUGCGAGGCGUGGCGCUUGACUGCCUCUCAAUGGUAUGGUAUGGCUGCGCGGGACACGCCGGAUGAUGGUCGUUGGUACGCCGCGCUCGCCGAAUUGGCGGAGCGAGAUGCGGUAUGGAGCUUGUACUACUACUGCAAGAGCUUGUUAGUCGUACAUCCAUGCCUGGAAACGCGCGAAAAUAUGAUGGAAUAUGUCAGUCUCAAGGUGCACCGAGCACGUAUCUCCUCGGACGCGUCAGGGCAGGACCUGUUUGUAUAUUUGCUGGGUUUGCUUCUCACGCGCGUGGAUUUGGACUCAUUCGAGCUGAUACUAAAACGUCUGGCUGUGAAACUCACGCAGGAACCAUGCUCUCUCCUCGAGACAGAGUGGGGCAUGAUGGCACUUUGCAUCGCUGCGGCUAUCCUUGAAUUUGGUCGUACUGAUGCAUGGAUUGAUGUUUGUCAAUUGGCUGCAUUUCACCUGCCAUCCAAUACGCGGCCCUUAUCUGAGGCCAGUGCUCCCAUGUUGGAGCAGAUGCCACAGAGCAUGAAGUCUGUGAUGCAAUCUUUUGAGCAGCAGCCAGCAGAUAUGGCCAGUGUCCAAGCAUCAUGCGAAGCCUUUGACAUGCCCAUGCCCCUAUCUUGUGCUGUAUCAUUGAUGGUGACUCUCAUGGAAGUCGCAGUUCAACACCUGGAACAGUCUCUGAGAGACCCGGCAGCCCACUUGAACGCACCCGACAUGUUUCUGAACGUUAUGCUUUCUUUUGUAUAUGUACUCAUGUUGCGCGUAGAUGAGCCUCGGAUACAUGCUAUGUGCCAGAUCUUGUGUGCGCACUUACCCUGGAAACAACUAGCAGCAUACGUAUGCGGCGAUGUGUUUGGAUCAAGGCAGUGCGAUGUCCAUACGGCGCUUGUUCGUGCACACACUCAACUACCCGAAGACUGGUGUCUCCAGGGCAUUUUGUGGAAUGUAUGUUCUCCAAAAAUUUCGUCGUCUGUCUCAUCGAGCCAAGGCCUGAAGCCCUUUGAGUUUUCCUCGGAGUCCAAUAUGCUGGCCGAUGUAGAUGCCAUUUCGCGCUUUUUUGCGACACUGACAUCCGACGCACAGCGCGCCUCCUACGUUCAAGAUUCUGAGUUGCGACGGCUUUUGCAAGCACGGCACACACGAGCUUCUUUACUCAUGGUCCGAAUCUAUGAUCAGGCAUUGCAAUAUCACUCUGGCAAUUCGCUGUCGACAUGA